UGGGAGUUUUUUAAUCCACAGGGGCUCGUAUAUUCUGCUGUUGUAGUGGAGAACAGAAGGUAAGCCGUCUUUCUUUUCAAAAGUUUGUACUGACGUUUACUAAGGUGAGCAAACAAAUGCUAAAGUCGCUAAGACGUUAGCGCUGAACAACUUCCUCCUCCCAUGGCUUUAUUGACAUCCAAAUGCUGCACAACCUCAAGACAAGAUUGGUCUUAACAUAUUCACAGUAAUUCGCCAUCAAAACGGUGCAUUCAGGAGAGGCUUAUUCUUUUACACGGUCUUAAUGCCAACACAUUAGAUCCAUGUCAAUAUUGCAGGGUCCUGUUGACAUCCAGGCAGGAGGGUUGUUAUGGUGUGUCAACAUUUGUACGGCACAUCAUAACAAUACACGCCAUAAUAUACAUUAUUUCUUAUCGAAAGAAAUUUGUUCUGAUUCAUCUACGGGGAAGUUGAAGAGGGUAUAACUUCUACGAACAUAUACGCAUUUGCAAUUCAACCUUGAACAGAGGCUGCUAUAGGAGACUGACAUGGUAGUAACGUGUGUUUGAUGGUAAUAUUUGCUAUUGUAACAUUUUUAACAGAAAAACAGUGUAAAAAACGUGGUUUACAUCAAAGGGUUAGGGUUAUUGAAAAAAUCGAAUUCAAUGACUCUUGUUUUAUAUUAAACUUCAACAAUUUUCACUGAGCUAAAAACUUUUAAUAACAUCAAAAAAUAGCAUCAGCUAUCUGGCUUUCAUGAAGUUGUUGUGACGUCUGGUGACUCCACAGUUGACAUGAUGCCCAGGGUUGGCACAAGUGACCAAAGCGAUUGACAAAGACUCAGAUGCCACCAUGGGAACAACCACGAGUGAGCCGUGCAUCUACGAUAAGCUCUCGGAAAGCAUCGACAUCCUCCGACAGUCAGGCUACCGCUAUGGAAUGUCUGAGAGGGAGAUCGAGAGGUUCAUUAAGCAGGUUCUGGAGACGAAUGAACCCAGAAGAGAGCCACCUCAGUUUCCCAUCCUGAGAGCGACAGUCAAGUUUGUGGUGGCAGUGGGCUUCCUGCUGGUGGUGGUUCUAGCCUUCACCUACCCACAGAGUGGCCCUGAGCUCGGUCUGGUCCACCUGGGCUCCUACAACUGGUCCUCGCCGCUGAGCCACGUCCGGUUGCUGUCGCUACCCAUUGCCAAGAAGUACAACCUGCAAGGUUUUCAUGAGUGGUGGAGUGGUGGUGCCCUCAGGCAGAACCUGGUCAACUGCUCAGGAUGUGCGGAGAUCUCCUCAGUUCUAGAGGUCCCAGAGAGCCUCAGGGGGAUGGUGAAUCUGCGACGGGGACCGCAGCUUGUCUUGCUCAAGGGCGGUGAGUCGCUCAGCAUUCAGCGACAGCAGCUGGAAGAACUUUACUCUGCUCAUUCUGGCUCCAUGUUCAUCCUGCUGGAGGAGGAUGAUGGUCAGCUGGAGAACCACGUAGUGCUUCCCCAAGGGCCUGCCAACUUCACUUUGCUCUGGAGGUUUAGCUCAGGCACCAGAGAGAAGGUUCUGCGGUGGCUGUUCCCUAAAGCAGAGCUCUGCCCCCUACUGGAUAGCGUUGGGACUGUCCUGCAGCGCUGUAUGGUCACUCACAGCAUGAACUCGCAGAGUAAGGGUGUCGGGGUGUCUGGCUGGUUGGUGGUGGGGGAGGGUCUACCCACAGUCCGGAUUCUGCCCGUACCACGCUGCCAGAAGCACUGCAACUCCUUCAACCUGUGGCUCUCACCUGGAGACAUUGUCUAUGCCGAUACUCGCUACUGGCAGAUGGAUCUGUUCCCUGGCCGCGGGCAGAACAUCAUCUGUGACGGAUCUGCUUUCUGAUGUGGAGGGAGUUCUGGACGACAUGAUGCCUUCUUUAUAUAGAACGAAAGUCCUUACUGGAGUUGUGAGAACUGGAUUCAAAAGCGUCAGGGUCAAUGGGGUUCUUGUGUGUUUUCGUCUGGAUAAAUGAGUGCCAGUGAUUUUUCUGAAUCAACGUCAGGAGCCGGUGAUUGGUACACUGAUCAUUAUGGGAUACAGUCCGGUCACAUGGGCGAAUGGAGAAAACAACGACAGAAUUUAAGAAAAAUUUUAUUUUUGUAAUUGUGGUGAGGUUCGCUGCUUCACUGGGAUCGAUCAGGUUUUUAAAAAUAGUUUUCCGAUUCAACAAAGCUGCUUCUGCUUAUUUAUUGUAGGUAAUAGUUGUAAAUAUGGUGAAGCUUUUAUUUAAAUCUGCUCCAGCGUCAACACCCUGCUGUUUUAAUGAAAGUAUUUUGUCACUCAUGGAAUGAAGAAAAUAUGAAAACUGUUGAAUGUUGGUUGAUGCCAAACAUUAUAAACCAUCUUUCAAUGUUCACUUUGCACAAAAUGUUAAUAGUUUUGAGAAAAUAAAGCUCAUAUUGUGUUCAA